CAAUUCAUUAGUAAGCGUCAAAUCGCGUAAUACGAGAUGUAACAGUAGUUUAUUUCAACUCCGCGUCAACAAACGUUCCCGUGUCGGUUCAAUCACAAUGUACGUCCUAAAUACGUUAAUUUUACUCUCCGUUUCCGUAGUUCUUUAUGUUUACUGGUACUUCAAAAAAGCACAUAAGUUUUUCAAGCAAUACAAUGUUCCAAAUCCUAAACCACAUUGGUUUUUCGGUAACAUGAAAGAUAUAGUUAUGAAGAAAAAAACAAUAUGGGAUGCUUACAAGGAUGUAUAUGAAAAACAUCCUUCGGAAAGAUUCGUCGGAGUGUACACCUUACACAGACCAGCUGUUCUGAUACGAGAUCCGGAAUUAAUUAAGUCUGUUUUAGUGAAAGAUUUUUCCCAUUUUCACGAUCGAGGAUUUCCUGUAAAUAAGGAGGCCGAACCGAUGUCGAUGAAUUUAUUCAACAUGGCAGGUGACGAAUGGAGAAAUCUAAGAAUAAAGUUGACAAGUACUUUUACCAGUGGAAAAAUGAAAAUGAUGUUUCCGUUGUUAAAAAAAUGCGCCGAUGACAUCAAACCGAUGCUGACCAAGCACUACCAAAACGGCGAGGAUUUCGAUGCGAAAGACUUUUGCGCAAGAUACGCGACAGAUGUGAUAGGAAGUUGUGCUUUUGGAGUAGAUACAAAUUCGAUAAAAGAUCCUAACUCAGAAUUUCGCCAAGUGGGCAGAAGUGUUUUCAAACAAAGAUGGCAGCUCUUAUUUCGCAUGUUUUUCCCGAACAUUUCAACUUCGAUGAUAAAACGCUUUAAAUUACAAUUUUUCGACGAGGGAGUCUGUAAUUACUUCGGGAAAAUCGUCAAAGACAUGGUCAAGUACAGAGAAGAAAACAACAUCACUCGAGGUGAUUUUCUAGACAUACUCAUUGCCAUGAAAAACCACAAAGAACUGGAAAAACUCAAAGAUCAGCAAGACGAAGCCGACUUGGCCAAAUUUAUGGCUCAAAUAGGCAAUAAAAAAACAAUCAAAAGUGAAGUCGAAAUGUCUAUCGAAUUAAUGGCUGCUCAAUGUUUUAUAUUUUUUGUCGGAGGAUUCGAAGGAGCCUCAAACACGUUAAUGUUUACUUUAUUUGCGUUAGCUCAAAAUCCACAUAUUCAAAGUAAACUCCGUAAAGAAAUAUUAUCCGCGUUAGAAAAUAAUGGAGGUGAACUCUCGUACGAGAUGAUGAAAAAUAUCCCAUAUUUGGAAAUGGUUAUCGAUGAAACUUUAAGAAAAUUUCCAUCCGGAGCGCUCCUGUUCCGCACAUGUACCGAAAACUAUAAAAUCCCUGAUUCGGAAGCGGUAAUCACAAAAGGAACCCAAGUUAUAAUUCCUACAUCAGCACUACACACUGAUAAAGAAUAUUACGAAAAACCAGACGAAUUCUAUCCCGAGCAUUUCUCUACCCAAGCGAAACUAAAUCGUCAUCAUUUUGCCUUUCUGCCGUUUGGCGAAGGCCCUCGAGUUUGCAUUGCUGAAAGAUUUGGAAGAAUGCAAGUUAUCGUGGGAUUAAUUUACUUAUUGAAAGAUUUCUCGUUCGAGGUAUCCCCCAAGACAAAGGUGCCUUUAGAAUUCGAAACUGCAGGAUCAGUAGCCGUAAAAGGAGGACUUUGGUUGAAAUGUCGGCCACUGUAAUAUUUUAUCAGACUUUCAAACUGUUCAUUUUUUAAUUUAUUUUGACCACUUUUGUAAUUUUUCGUUGAAAUAUAUACCACACCUACAUAAAA